UGGGCAUCCUAAGUUAUCUAGAGGUGAUUUCAAGUACAGGAGAAGAUGGUAUGUAGUUUCUAUGUAAAUACUAUGCCAUUUCACCAAAGAGACCUGGGCACCCUCCUAUUUGGGUAAUCCCAGGGGGUCUGAGAAUUAAAUCCCUCCAUAAUUAGUAAGGACUGUUCAUUGUUCAGGCCUUCUCCCCCAGGGAAGCCCCUCCAGUAGAUGGGGUGGGGUGCAUCGUAAAAAAUGUUUAGUCACCUCUGGUGUUCUCCUCUGCAGCCAGCUUUCAGCUCAAAACUCUGGGCGCUUCAUUUCUGAGGUUGAGACCCCUCCCUGGUCCAGGGGAGCUGAGGGCCCUCUGCUGUGAACAGGAAUUGACUUCUCAAGACUGACCUUACCUUCAAAGGAAGCUAAAAGAAGGAGAGAUCAAGGCAUCCAGAAUGGCUGAGUCCCAGGAACUGUUGACAUUCAGGGAUGUGGCCAUAGAAUUCUCUCAGGAGGAGUGGGACUGCCUGGACCCUGCUCAGAGGACUUUGUACAAGGACGUGAUGUUGGAGAACUACAGGAACCUGGUCUCCCUGGAUAUCUCUACUAAUUCUGUGAUCAAGGAAUUACCAUUGAAAAAUGAAAAUAAAGGAGAACUAUAUCAACCUGUGAUAGUGAAAGAACAAGAAAGCCAUGGUAUUGAUGAUUUUUAUUUCAACAAUGUCAGGGAAAACAAGUGUGAACUUGAAAGUCAGUGGACAUUUGACGAACAAAAUUAUGAAGGAGUGCUUAUGACCCAUAACAAAAGCAUAUUUGGUACCAGAGGCCAACAGCUUAACCAAUCCUGGACUAGUUUACCACUAAAUCAGAGUAUCUCUGUAAGCGAAAGUGCAUAUCAGUAUUUCAAACAGUACUCAUUUGUAAAAAAUUUGUUAAAACUGAAACAUAACAUAGACUAUGCAGGAAUAAAAUAUAGGAAACUUUUACAAAAUACAAUUGGAUUCAGCUUUCAGACACAUUUAGCUGAAAUGCAGAGGUUUCAAAUUCAGAAGAAAAUAUAUGAUUGUAAUCAAGUUGAGACAUUUAUCAACAGUGGCUCAUCAGCUUCACCACCUCGCAGCAGUAUUCCAGAUAACAAAGUGAACAUUUUUAGUGAAUAUGACGAAGUGAUUGUGCAUCCUUCAUUGUUUACCCAACAUCAGAAAAUGCUCACUAGAGAAAAACCUUACAAAUGCAACGAAUGUGGGAAGGCUUUUAGCCAAUGCUCAAUUCUCACCAAACAUCAGAGAACGCACUCUGAGGAGAGACCUUACAUAUGCAAUGAAUGUGGCAAAGCCUUUACUGGUCGUUCAAACCUCACUCAACACAAGAGAAUCCACAGUGGAGAGAAACCUUACAAAUGUAAUGAGUGCGGGAAGGAAUUUACCAGACGUUCUUACUUGUGGGGUCACGAGAGAAUUCAUACAGGAGAGAAACCUUACAAAUGUAAUGAUUGUGGUAAAGCCUUUAACCGCCUCUCAAAUCUCACAAGGCAUCAGAGAAUCCAUACUGGAGAGAAGCCGUAUAAAUGUAAUAUAUGUGGAAAGGAUUUCACCAUAAGUUCACACCUUUGGGGACAUGAAAGAAUUCAUACUGGAGAGAAGCCCUUCAAGUGCAAUGACUGUGGCAAAGGUUUUACUGAGCGCUCAAACCUUACUCAACAUCAGAGGAUCCAUACUGGUGAGAAACCUUACAAAUGUAAGGUAUGUGGUAAGAACUUCCCCACACGUUCACACCUUUGGGGUCAUGAGAGAAUUCAUACUGGAGAGAAGCCUUAUAAAUGUAACGAAUGUGGGAAAGCCUUUACCGGGAGUUCAAAUCUUACUCAACACAAGAGAAUCCAUACAGGAGAGAAACCAUAUAAAUGUAAUAUAUGUGGCAGGGCCUUUAGUCAGAAUUCAAGCCUUAAUAUUCAUCAAAGAAUCCACACUGGGGAGAGACCUUACAAAUGUAAUGAAUGUGGCAAAGCCUUUAAGCAGUACUCAAGCCUCACUCGGCAUCAGAAUAUACAUCCUGGAGAGAAACAAUACAAAUGCCAUGUGUGUGAGAAGGCUUUUCUCAAGCGGUCCCACCUUUGGGAACACGAGAGAAUGCAUAUUGGAGAGAAGCCAUAUGCAUGUUUUGAAUGGCAAGGCCUUUAGGCCAUGGUGUGGCUUCCGGAUCCACCAGAGUCCACAAUGGAGAGAGACCUCACACAAGUGCAGCGAACGUGGCAUAUUGUUUAACCAACUCCACCACGGACCAAACAUCAGAACAUCCAUUCUUAAGUGAACUCAAUCUGUCGUUCCACUUGAAAAUUAACUUCACUUGUGCAAGCUCCUGAGUAAGUGCAGGUCAAAGUCAUUGACAAGCCGUGCAUUGUUGAGUGUCACCUGAGCAAGAGGGUCUGCUGGCAAGUCCCAUUCGGUUGAGUUUAUCAUCUACUUGUAUCUGAGGUUUCUUUGGAAGCUUAUACACUAUUGCUGUCAAUCAGCCAGAGGCGUGGAAGAUGAUUGACGUUAGGCCUUCUUCACAAACAUCGCAAGGGCCCUCGUGAAGUCCGCCAGAAAGGGACCAGCAUGCUGAAAGUGAGCCUGCUUCCCGUAGAGGUCAUUCCUACAGUAUGGCGUAGCGGAAAGACACUGGCGUAGGGGAAGGGGACCGAUGUAAAACUAUGACCCUGAGUCAUUAUAUUUAAUACGUGCAACCUUCCUUUCUACCAGUGUGAUGUAUGGCAGAGGGCCACCAGGUGUUAUCGGAAAGGAGUGCGGAUCAGCCAGCCGUAAAACCGAAGGGAAAGGGGAGAACAUGGAGAGCAUCUUAGUGAAGUGUUUUCCUGAUUAGUAGGGACUGCUAGGGGACACUGAAAAGUUUGUGGCAAAAUGCAGUAGAAAGGCCAUGGAAUUUUCCCACGGACGUUUGAAAAGCCUUCCAAUGGUAGAAUGAUAGAGGUAAACGAUAGUUUCUCCUUUGAAAGUAAAUAGCUGUUGAGUAGUGAAAAUUCAUGUAAAAAAAAUUACGAUCGGAGACCAAGCAGAGUAGCGGGUUGCAAAGUUUGAACCCACCAGCUACUCCGCAGGCGUAAAACGAGACUUUCUAGUGCUGGAAAGAUCACAGCUGGGAAGUCCGCAGGGCCAGUUCUUCAGAAGGGCACUCUGAACCGAGAUCAACCUGAUGGCAGGGCGUUUGGGUUUUUGUUUGUAAUCUGCAGAAGUUAUCAGAAGGGAUCAGUAAGCAAAAGAAUGAGACGAUAGUGCAUAGAUAGGGUUACAGUUAGCCUUAUGGAUUUUGCUCCCUUUUAUUUAGAAUCUAUCAAGAGUUCACUUGAAUUCCAUAAUUUUUCACAAUCCGAGUUGUUUCCUUCUGUUAAAUGUAUCCCGUAUCGCUGAGGUACUGAAUAACAAACAAGCGUGUUAUACUCUCAAGGAAGAAUGGCAUCUGUGGUCCUUUCUUCCCACAGCGAAAUCAAACAAUAUGCAAUUUGGGGCUUGCCGAUACCAAAUGAUGUGUACCCGAGUUACUGUCACCACACUCUAGCUCUUGAGCAUCUAUAUGGGUAGUAAAAAAAUUUGCCAUUUCAGAUUCAAUUUCCCUGACCGCUACAUCACUCUUCAUGAAUAUGACCAUACCAUUAUAUUUUCACCAGGCCCUUUUUUGAUGUGUGGUAAAAAUAUGUCAAAACAUUAACCAGCACAACUUCCACCAUGACAGUUUAUGGCUUUGAUUACGUUUUCACGUUGUGCCACUAUUACUUCUGUACUCUCCCAAACUCUACCACUACCAUUAAUAUAAACUCUGUCCCCCAAACUAUUGCUCUGCCUUUCUUGUGCCCCGGUUAGCAAUAAUCUUGGGUAUCUAUAUAUUUACUCACUUUACAUAAGUCAGGUCAAACUGUGUAUGCCCUGUUGUGACACAGCAGAUUUUUAGCAUCUGUCCAUGUUCUGACAGAAGUUAGAUGUGUGAUAUUCCGUUAUAUGUGUAUCACAUUGUCUUUAUCCAUUUAUCUGUUGGUGGAAUUGGCUGUUUCCACCUUUGGGCUUCUGUGAAAAGUGCUUCCAGGCACACUGGUGUAUAGCUUUGUGUUCCUGUUAUCAUGUCUUCUUAUUAUAUGCUUAGGAAUGGAAUUGCUGGAUCGUGUGGUAGUUUUAUGUUCAACCUUCUGAGAAACCACCAAACUGAUUUCUACUCUAGCUACUAUGUUUUAUUCCUGCUAGUAGUGCAUGAUGGUGAAAGUUUUUCCACAACUUCCCACCUGGAAACAUUUGUAAUCUAUACAAGGAUCAACAAACUAAAGAGUCACGAGUCAUCUUGUCUGUGGUACAUUUUUGUAUAACCUGUCAGAUAAGUGAUUUUUAAAUGUAUAAAAUUACAGAUGGAGAUAUAUAUACAUAUUACACACACAGUAACUGCCACAGAAGACCCGUAUGGGUCACAAUGAUGCAGUAUAUUAUCGUAUGUGUAUAUAGGCUUCAAAAAGUUUGUGGGGAAAAAAUGAGUUAAAAGAUAAUAAAAUUUUUCCAUGAGCUUUAUGUUGCCCCCUUGUAUGAUUUUACUUACAUGAAAAACAAGAAUAGGCAAAUGUAUAGACCAAAAUUUAUUGGUAUUAGCCACAGGACAGAUGGAGAAGGAAAGUCAUUGCGUAAGAAACAGGGAGUUUAUGAUGAUGGGAAAUUGGGUCAUGAUUAUGGGUAAUGAUUGCAGAUUAAUGUAAUUGAUGUCACUAAAUUCUACACCUAAAAAUGUUCACUUGGAAAAUAUUGAAUAUAUUUUUACAACAAAAGUAUAUAAAAUACUAUUGCCAAAAAUAUAUAUAUACUAUUGCCUAUUUAAGAGUAAUGAUACAAUAUUGUCAUAAUUGACAUUCUCAAAAUUAUUGUGACAUUUAGAAAAAGUAUUAAGAAGACAAUAUGUAAAAUGGAAUCUGAAAUGUCAAGAAACUUGUGAUUUGAUUACAUUUGAGAAGUGAGUAUGAGCCUGGAAAUAUUCGAGCAAUUCAAAACUAGAGAAAAUAUUACCAUAUGUAAUGGAGCUUGACUGAACCCUUGUUGUUUUUUUCCAACCACCUAAAACCCUCAAUUUUGAAAAUAUUUUUUCUUUAAAUAAUUUCUCCUUCAAAGAGAAACUAGUUAUUAGUUGCCAUUGUUUUGGCUCUGGCUCACGGCAGCCCUAUGUAGAUUAGAAUAAAAUGUUGCCUUCUUAGACAUCUCACACCAAUGAGAAAUAUUUUUGAUAGAGACAACAGCUGUCACCAUUAAACUCAUGUGUUGAGAUUCAACAAAGGAACACAAUUUAAUCCUCAGAUAAUGUUCCUACAUAGGAUCGAAAAAUUUGAAUGACUCCAUUAGACUUGUAUAUGUGUGAGGUUUUUUAAAAAACCAUGAAUUCUGACAUUUUUUUCAGUUUUGUAUAGAUUUAAUGCCAAAUUUACUUGUGCAUGAUAAAAUAUCUUAAGAUUCAGGUGGACAGUCAGGACCAUUAGCCAGCCACACACAAGUCCUUCAGCACCUUGUCUUGAUUCACUCGCUCAGUCUCCUCUCUCAGUGGCAAAACAGACAAGUCCGUCUUGGAAGAAGUACGGCCAGAAUGCUCUUUGGAAGCAAGGAUGGUGAGACUUCCUGUCACAUACUUGGAGCUUCUCAGGAGGGACCGUGCCCUGGGAAAAGGACCUCAUGCUCGGUGGCGGGCCAGUGAAAAUAGAAGACCCGCAAUGAAAUGAACGGACACGAGAGCUGCCAAGUGGGCUCAGACCUAGCUAACAGUUGUGAAGAUGGCACAGGACCAGUUUCAUUCUGGAAACAGUGUCAUUCUGAGCCAACCUGUCUGAAGGCACUGAACAUCAACAUUCAACAUAUAGCAACCAGCCAGGCACCAACGAUUCAUGUUACAAACGUGUCCAUUCUUUACGCUUAUCGAUUGUUUUGUAACACGUAUGUAGAAUAUUUUGUUAUUCUCUGAAGUUUUAUUAAAUUUUUCUUGAUUUUUCCUAGUGCAA